AUGGCUCACCAUCAGAACCAGAAUCAAGAUGGAGAGAUCCAUUUGGGAGCUGCCCAAGAGGGAAAUGGCUUGCUCAACACCAUAGAGAACAACAAGUAUCAUGGCCUUGCUGCUGAAGAUCCAUAUGAUCACUUGUAUAAGAUCAAUGGUGUUUCUGAAGAUGCCUUCAAGCUCAAGUUGUUCCCUUUUUCCUUCGGAGAUAAAGCACACCAAUGGGAGAGGACUCUCCCAAGUGACUCCAUCAACACUUGGGAUGACUGCAAGAGAGCUUUCUUAGAGAAGUUCUUCUCCACCUCCCGGACAGCUAAGUUAAGGAAUGAAAUUUCCUCUUUCCAUCAGAAGAACCUUGAGAGCUUUAGUGAAGCAUGGGAGAGAUUCAAUGACUACCAGGCUAAGUGUCCACACCAUGGUUUCACUAAGGAAAACUUGUUGAGUACAUUCUACAGGGGAGCUCUACCUGAGUACAGAGCAAGAUUGGACACCGCAAGCAAUGGAUUCUUCUUAGGUCGAUCUGAAGAGGAAGCAGAGGCACUGGUUGAAAACAUGGUGAAGAGUGACUCAGUCUACAGUGGGGAGCAUGACAGAGCCAACAGAGGUGAUGAUCCGCAGCUACGAAAAGACAUGAAAUCUCUUCAAGAGAAGAUGGAUAUUCUCAUCUCAGAAAAGGCUAAACAGGAACAAAUGAACUUUGUUGGUAAUCCACACCAAGAAACACCUCAUGUGGUUAAUGAAGUGGAUGGGUUAGAAGGUCAAGAGGAGUUAUGCUUCAUCAACAACAAUGGUGAUUACCAGCCUAGGAACAACCAGCAAGGAAGCCAUCAACCUCAGCAAAACCCUCCUCCUGGUUUCUCCAACAAAGGAAACCAGUCUACUCAAGCCCAAGGAAGUUCUUCUCAACAUCAGGCUCAAGACACAAGUGUGGAAUUAAUGUUCAAGCAACUACUUGAAGCUCAGUCAAGAAAGGUAGAUGAGAUUGAGAAGCUAGUGUUUGGGACUGAGCUUGGGAAAGUUGAGAAAUUGGUUGUAGCAACAGCUGAAGCACAGAUGGUGGAUAAAGCUAUGGAAAUGGUUCAUGUACAAGCUGAAAGAAAAGUUAAAACAACGAAUCUGCAGAGAGCUGAGCCUAGGAUUGAGAAACCAGUUGAGAGGAGAGCUGACCAGAAGCUGAAAGAGGUGAAGCAAGAAGACAUUGAGGUUGAGCUGUCACCUUAUGACAAGGUCCCUUUUCCACAAAGAGUCCUCACCAAAGCUCAGAAGAAAGUGCUCUCCAAGUUCAGGAAAGAUCUUUGUGAUGUUGGGGUCAGGCUCCUAGAAAUCUCCGGUAUGCGUGAAGCUCAUGUCCAAAUGAUGCUCAUCAAGGACAUUCUAGACCACCAAGAAGAAGUGGCCGAGCUUUUGGACAUAUCCAUUUUGAAGAUUGAUCCACCAGUACCACCAAAGUCUCUUCCUAAGCUUGAAGACGAAGGGAAGUUCACCUUACCUUGCUCACUUGGUGAAUUCACACUUGAUGAUGCUCUUGUUGAUUCUGGUGCAAGUGUGAAUGUGAUCUCAUUGGAGAUGGUGAAGAGCUUGGGGGUUCAGAAUAUGGAGACUAAUACUUCUUCACUCAUGUUUGGGGAUUCUUCUUCUACAACCCCAAUAGGUCUCAUCAAGGACUUUCCUCUGAAGAUUGGAGCAUGCACCAUUCCCAUAGACCUCACUGUUUUGGAUAUGAUGACUAAGAGGAGAGUGCCAUUGAUCUUGGGUACACCCUUCCUUGCUACUGUGGGUGCUUGCAUCGAUUUUCCUAACAAGAGGGUGAUCCUUCAAAAUGUCAACAAAGCUGUCUCCUACCCAAUUCAGUCUCCAAUGAGGAAUGUUGAGUAUUGUGGAACCAUCACUUGUGGAGAACCUUCCAUUGAGAAGAUCAAGGAUGAAGUGGUUGUUAGUGGAAAAGAAGGUUUUGAUGGAGAGUCCUCUAAAGAGAUGUGUGAUGAGCACUUGGAACGUGCUAAAAUGGAGGAGGUGUGUAGAGCCAUAAAGGCUACUCAUGACAAGAAGAAGAUGAUGAAAGAAACUCACCCUCCACCUCUUGAUAUGAUGCCACACACUCUCACUCUUCACCCAAUGAAGCUCAAGGAUGGAGCUAUUGAGUACAAGAUCAAAUGCAAGGGAAAGUCUACACCAUUCUCAAGUGCAAAGGCCAUCAUCACUCCACAGUUCCAGGAUGAUCCAAUCAAGCUUCAAGAGCUUCUCUCUCAAGUUGAGUAUAGCACUAGAGGAGAGAAGAAAGACGGUGAAGCACACAAGUCUUAUGGUAGACAUCCCGUAGCAGUCUCCUCUAGUCGCUAUGAAUCAUGCCAGCUCCUUGCAGAAGCCCUAGACACCCACUGCCAUACUCCAAUCUCCACUUGA